AUGGCAGGAUCAGAGAGUGAAGAGGUAAAGAUUUUAGGUGGAUGGCCAGCAUGGCCAAGUCCAUUUGUGAUGAGGGCUAGAGUUGCACUCAACAUAAAAUCAGUCAAAUAUGAAUUUCUUGAACAACCAUAUGGUACUAAAAGUGAACUUCUUUUAAAAUCAAAUCCGAUUUACAAGAAAGUUCCUGUUAUGAUUCAUGGUGAUAAACCCAUCUGCGAAUCAAUGAACAUUGUUCAAUACAUUGAUGAUGUUUGGUCUAAUUCUGGACAUUCUAUUAUGCCUUCUGAUCCUUAUGACGCUUCCAUUGCUCGUUUCUGGGCAACUUACAUUGAUGACAAGUUCUUUCCGUCUAUGUCUGGAAUUACGAAGUGUAAGGAUGGAGAAGAAUAUACAGCAGUCAUUGAACAAAUGAUUGCAGCGUUUGGCCUACUUGAACAAGCUUAUCAGGAAAUUAGUAAAGGAAAAGACUUUUUUGGUGGAGAAAAAAUUGGGUAUAUUGAUAUUGCGUUUGGGUGUUAUAUUGGUUCGAUUAAAGUUACAGAGAAGAUGAAUGGAAUCAAACUACAUCAUGAAACAAAAGCUCCAGGGCUUACAAAAUGGGCUGACAAGUUUUGUGCUGAUGACAGAGUUAAACCUGUUGACUUCAUUACCCGAAGGUUUACUGCCGGAAACCGAAGCUCUCAUGGAGUUUGCUAAGAAGACUUUUGGAUCUAAACCUCCCCCAUCAA